UGAUAAUAAAUCAUUUCCAUAUAAUUAUUGAGCCUCAAAAUACGAAAGAGAGAGAAAUUUCAUGCAUCUGUCAAUCCCACUGCAACUCGUCAACAACUAUUAAAAAAAGAAAGCCCCUUUGAUAGUUGCUGAGCUGCCCAGAAACAAGGUUAAAGAAAAUAAAUAAGCCCACCUCGGAUCUCUUCAAGAGAAACGCUAAUUAGGACCCAUGUUUCGCAAGUGCUUAUUUCUUUAUGCAUAUUCACCCUCUGAAAUGAGGUGAGUGUUUCUUGUCUCUUUCUAAUUUAAUUGCUACAGGAGAAUUCAGCUCCACUGAAUCUUCUUUCUUCUUCCCUCUGUGUAACUUCUUUCUCUUUCUCUCUAUAUUGGUCUCAAGUUAUGGCCCAAAUGGAGAGUACUUAUCAAGUAUCAGUGAUGGUUCUGUCCUUCUCCUUCUCCUUCUCCUCCUUUUAGUAUAGUUAUCAAAUCUUCUGGACCACUGAAGUAAAGGGUACCCAUCAGUUAUCAAUUGUUGGUUGUGUUCUUUUCUAGUUUUCGUACACUUGGUAGUGGUUGAGUUGGGCGUUUGCCAAUAGUUUUGACUUUUGAGGCCUGAAUUUGUGUGUAAACUUAACCAUGUUGUCUUAGUUGUUUGCUUCCUUGGUUAGUCUAUUUGGUUUCUCUACCAAGGUUUCCGAAAGUUUGGUUCUUGAAUUCAAGGGAAGUACAAAGACAAACCAAAAGCCUGUGAUUUGCCAAUUCACCUUUAAACAUUUCUAAGGUGUGUUCUCUUCCAAAAUUCUGCAAUUCUGUCUUCUCUAUUGUGUCUUGUGUAUUGUUAUCUUCUUUCUUCAGUUAUCUCAGAGAUUUCCUGAUUCCUGAGUUCUUAUUUUUAACAUGUCUUCCAAGGUGCUUCCUUUUCGCAGAGCUAAAUUGGCUCUUUUAGGCACUUAUUUUGGAUUCAUUGCAGAAUGUAAAGUUCUUUUAAUCAGUUAGAAAAAAGGUCAGAUUUUUUGUGUCCAUUUUCCCAUUUGUUGGUCCAUAUUUCCCAUCUAUUCUGUCUUCUGGCUCUGCAAAUUCUGGAUAAACUCUACAUUCUUGGUGCAUCCAUGUCUUCCCCAGGUCUCGUUCAUUAUAUGGGAUUAAUUUGCUUGGUUUUUCUCCUUUUAUCUGAAGCCUGUAUGGCUAGCAUCCAAAGUAUUGGUAAGAUUUAUCCGGGGUAUGAAGGGUCUCAGAUGAACUGGAUUGAUAAGAAUGGGUUGUUUCUUGUGUCUAAUAACUCAAAUUUUGCUUUUGGCUUCCGCGCUACUCAAGAAGAUGCCACAUUAUUCCUUCUAGUUAUCAUCCACUUGAAGACCUUAAAAGCGAUAUGGUCUGCAAACAGAGGCUCCCCAGUUUCAAAUUCUGACAAAUUCUUCUUUGGUAACGAUGGUCAUGUGUCUUUACGCAAGGGGGGAAAUCCAGUCUGGACACCCGAUACUGGCGGUGAAAGGGUUUCUGCAAUAGAAUUGCAGGAUUCAGGAAACCUUGUUUUGCUUGGGAAUGACAGUAUUGUAAUUUGGCAAAGUUUUAGCCAUCCCACCGAUACCCUUAUAUCAAACCAGGAGUUCCUGGAGGGUAUGAAACUUGUUAGUGAUCCUAGCCCCAAUAACUUGACCUAUGUUCUUGAGAUCAAGUCUGGAGACAUGAUUCUUUCAGCAGGUUUCAGAAUUCCACAGCCUUAUUGGUCCAUGAAAAAUGACAAUCGUAAAACCAUCAAUAAAGAUGGUGAGGGAGUCACUCUGGCAUCUCUGGAUGGAAAUUCUUGGAGGUUCUAUGACAGAAACAAAGUUUUGCUAUGGCAAUUCAUUUUUGAACACAGUACAGAAAAUGCUACCUGGAUUGCAAUUAUUGGAGGUGAUGGCUUUAUCUCUUUCCGAAAUCUUGAUAAUGAAGGUACUGCUGCAGAUAUAAAAAUACCAAGUGAUACUUGCAGCAGACCAGAAGCUUGUGCUGCCCAUUUGAUUUGUGCUGUUAACAACAUAUGCCAGUGCCCUUCAGCACUUAGUACCUUCACAAAUUGCAAUACAGGUAUUGUCUCUUCCUGUAAUAGUUCAAAAGCUUCUACGGAGCUUGUGAGUGCUGGAAAUGGGCUUGAUUAUUUUGCCCUUGGGUUUGUUUCUCCCUCUUCAAAAACUAAUUUGGAAGGUUGCAAAUCCUCUUGCCGUAACAACUGCUCAUGCCUUGCUUUGUUCUUCCAGAACAGUACUGGAGAUUGCUUCCUGUUUGACCAAAUAGGAAGCUUCCGGAACUCUGGCUCAGGCUCUAGUUUUGAUGCAUAUAUUAAAAUCUUGAGCAAUAGAGGCAGUGGAGUCACUGGACGCAGGAAAGAGGAUUUUCCAUAUGUUGUGAUAAUAGUUGUUGCAACAAUUAUUGUCAUCUGUGGUCUGCUUUAUGUGGCAUUUCGAUAUUUUAAGAACAAGAAAAGAUUUCCAGAAUCUCCCCACGACACAUCAGAAGACGAUAAUUUCUUGGAGAGUUUAUCUGGGAUGCCUCUUCGUUAUAGCUACAGAGAUCUUCAAACAGCAACUAAUAACUUCUCAGUGAAGCUCGGCCAUGGAGGAUUUGGUUCGGUUUAUCAAGGGGUUCUUCCGGAUGGUACACGACUGGCUGUCAAGAAGUUGGAAGGCAUAGGCCAGGGAAGAAAAGAAUUUCGAGCUGAAGUUAGCAUCAUUGGGAGUAUUCAUCAUCACCAUUUGGUCAGGCUAAAGGGCUUCUGUGCAGAAGGUACUCAUCGCCUGCUUGCUUAUGAGUUCAUGGCAAAUGGAUCUCUGGAUAAAUGGAUCUUCAGGAGAAACAAAGAAGAGUUGUUGGAUUGGGAAACAAGAUUCAAUAUUGCACUCGGAACAGCAAAAGGACUGGCUUACCUCCAUGAAGAUUGUGAUGUAAAGAUUAUUCAUUGUGACAUAAAACCUGAAAACGUGCUUCUUGAUGAUAAUUUCAUUGCCAAAGUCUCGGAUUUUGGGUUGGCUAAGUUAAUGACUCGAGAGCAAAGCCAUGUUUUCACAACCCUAAGAGGCACGAGGGGGUAUCUUGCACCAGAAUGGCUCACAAAUUAUGCCAUAUCAGAGAAAAGUGAUGUUUAUAGCUAUGGAAUGUUGUUGCUUGAGAUUAUUAGUGGCAGGAAAAACUUUGUUGCAACCGAAUCUUCAGAGAAAUCCCAUUUCCCGUCCUUUGCUUUUAAGAUGAUGGAAAGAGGUAAAGUAAGGGAAAUCCUCGAUUCAGCACUGAUGUUAGAUGAAACCGACGAAAGGAUCUCCGAUGCUAUUAAAGUUGCAUUGUGGUGUAUACAGGAAGACAUGCAUCUGAGACCAUCAAUGCCAAAAGUUGUCCAAAUGCUUGAUGGUCUCUGCACUGUUCCUCAGCCCCCAACUUCUUCGCCUUUGGGAUAUCGCCUUUUCUCAACUUUCUUGAAAUCAACAAGCGAGGAAGGCAGUUCCUCAGGACCUUCGGACUGCAAUAGUGAAGCCUACCUGUCUUCGGUGCAGCUUUCCGGCCCAAGAUAGCAUUUCUUCACAAUUCAGGAGAUUUUGUAUGUGGACUUUAGAGCUGAGCUACUCCUGUAUACAUUUCCUGUAAUAUUCCUGUAAAUAGUAAUUAUAAAUUUUGUAAUACUAGUGCGCUAUUGGUAAAAGUUGGUCUUGCUCACUUUAUUUCGA